UAGGCAAUGUAAGAUUAUAAAUAAAUCAAAAGUUACAAAAUAUUCUACAUUUGAAACAUCGUACAUGAUUUUUUUUGGCUUUACGACUAUUGUUCCUUUGCCUUUAAGAAAAAAAAAAUCAUUUUCCCUCUAUUUCAUAAAUCACAUUUUGCCUUUGAUAAAAUAUCUGCACAAUUAAAUUACGUUUUUAGUGAAUUUCGAAAAUGGAAAAUGUUUCAGAGUUUGAAUCUUUUGAAUCAAAUUUCAUCGAUGUGAUAGGAGUCUUGCAAUCCAUGAUCUCAUCAGAGGCGCAUCUCCGUGAAGCGGUGCGUGCGGAGGCGGUUCGCGCUGAGGCUGCGGAGACGGCGUGCGCGCAGGCCAGGCGCGAUGCGGACGACAACCGCGCCCUCGCCGCCGCCACGGCCGCUGGCACCGCGCAAGCGUCUCAUGCGCUCGCCGCCGCUCAGGAUGAAUUGACCACUAUUAAAUCUAAAAUUGAAUUAUCGGUAGGCUUUUUAAAUGUCUGACGUCCCACUCAUCAUCACAUCAUCUUCAUUAUCUGUAGAAGUAUUUAUUUUUUUUCCGUGAUUGGAAAACUAUAAAAGAUAAGAAUAAACAUCACACAGCAGCUACAAGAAGAUAAUAAAUAGGUGUUAGAGCUAGUAAUAUAAGUAGUUUAAAAACGGUUUGUGGCAAUUUAAAUAGGAACGUCAGCGUAGUCUUCUAGAGGAAAAGUGCUCUGACAUGACCGAAAGGAUGGGAGUUUUAGAAAAAGAAUUAGAAGAGCUGCGGCCGAUACAAUCUGCUCAUUCAGCGCUGCAGAAACAGUACGUAGAAUUGGAAAGUCGCGUACGAAUUGCUACUGAAGACGCUCGCAGGUAAAUAUGACUCAUAAUUGUAUAACAAAAAAAGCAUAAACAAAUUAAAUGAGAAUAUUUUCUUUCUUACGUAACUAACUAGAGUAAAUUGUUAUU